CAUACUUCCAAGAAAAAUACUAGAACUGCCAUGACUUGAAACCAACUCAUGAAAUACUAGAGAGAUAUACGUUGAGAGAGGAGAGAAAGAGAAGGAGAGAGCACGAGAGAGAGAUUCUACGGGCUGAGCAUCUGUAAAGGACUGCUGACGGGGGAGUGGUUUACUUUUCCACUGGGCUUCAAACACACUGCAUGAUUCCGUCCGCGCUAGGGACAUUUGAAGGCAUCGCUUUCGUGAGAUUUACUCUCUUCCUACAACACAAGGAUAUAUCACAGUAGGGAGAAUGGAAUUGCGUAAGCUGUCUCGGUUAUACAUCUUCAUUGUCUGUCUUUUGAGUGCCUCCAGCUCUGCGUCCGCCGCCAGUCACUAUAUUUGUAAUGGCCCAUUGGUAUCCAUGCUGCCCCCAGCUUCUUUAGAGAGCUCCUCACAGUCCUCUGUCAGUAACGCUCCACACUUUGCCAAGAUCAACAGAAGAGAUGGAGCUGGAGGCUGGUCUCCCCAGGUGACAGACAGCCAGCCAUGGCUGCAGCUGGACCUCAGGGACAGGAUGGAGGUGACGGCCGUCGCCACACAGGGGCGCUACGGCAGCUCAGACUGGGUCAGCGGCUACCUGCUGCUGUUCAGUGACACAGGCCAAGCCUGGAAGCAGUACCGACAGGAGGACGGGGUGGGGAGGUUUGUGGGGAACGUGAAUGCUGACAGUGUCAUUCACCACAAGUUGUCCCACUCUAUCAGAAGCCGCUUCCUGCGCUUCGUCCCGCUGGACUGGAACCCCAGUGGCUGGGUGGGACUCAGAGUGGAGGUGUACGGCUGUGCCUACAAGUCAGACGUGGCAGACUUUGAUGGCAGAAGCUCCCUGCUCUACCGGUUUAACCAGAAGUCCAUGAGCACGGUGAAGGAUGUGAUCUCGCUGCGCUUCAAGAGCCACCAGGCUGAGGGGGUGCUGCUCCACGGAGAGGGUCAGAGGGGCGACUACAUCACUCUGGAGCUGCACCGGGGCAGGCUGGCCCUCUAUCUCAACCUGGACCUGGCAGGCUGGCUCUUUACCUCAACCUGGGAGAGGUCAUCAGAAAGGUCAAGGGGCAGAGAUGACACCCGGCUGCGGUUCAGCAGUGGUCGUGUUGCGGUCACUUUGGGCAGUCUUCUGGAUGACCAGCACUGGCACUCUGUCCUCAUCGAGCGCUUCAACAAGCAGGUCAACCUCACCAUGGACACCCACACACAGCACUUCAGGACCAAGGGGGAAGGAGACUCUCUGGAGGUGGACUAUGAGCUCAGCUUCGGAGGCAUCCCACUGCCAGGUAAGCCUGGCACCUUCCUGAGGAAGAACUUCCAUGGUUGCAUCGAGAACCUCUACUACAACGGGAUCAACAUCAUCGACCUAGCCAAGCGACGCAAACCUCAGAUCUACAGUGUUGGCAACGUUACCUUCUCGUGCUCAGAGCCCCAGCUGGUAUCCACCACUUUCCUGAGCUCCAGCAGCAGCUUCCUGUCGCUCCCAGCCACGCAGUCUGCUUCAGCGGGAUUCGCGGUGCGUUUCCAGUUCAGAACAUGGAACCCAGACGGGCUACUGCUCUCCACCCAGCUGGCCCUGGAGCCCCAGCAACUGCAGCUGCAGAUAAGCAAUAGCCGGCUGCGCUUGACCCAUCACACGUCAGCCCAGCAGAAAGAAGAGGUCUCCACCGGUCACAGAGUGAACGAUGGACUGUGGCACUCUGUGAGUCUCAGCUCUCAAGGUCUUCAAGUCACCACGACCCUGGACAAUGAGCCGUCCUCAACCAUCGAGCUGGGGGACCACAUGGAGGCAAGAAACAGCCUCUACUUCGGAGGUUGUCCAUCUCUGAACAUCUCAGGCUGUAAGAACCCCACGUUGGCUUUCCAGGGGUGCAUGCGUCUCAUCUCCAUCAACAGCCAGCCCAUGGACCUGAACCGGGUGCAACAAGGACGGCUGGGAAACUACAAGGAACUGCAGUUUGACACAUGUGGCAUCCAUGACAGAUGUCUGCCCAACUUCUGUGAACAUGGAGGGCAGUGUUCGCAGUCCUGGAACACCUUCUACUGUGACUGCUCUGGAACAGGAUACACUGGAGCCACAUGCCACAACUCCAUCUAUGAGGCAUCAUGUGAGGCCUACAGGCUGACUGGCAGCUCCUCAGGCUUCUUCUCUGUUGAUCCAGAUGGCAGUGGACCUCUGGGGCCGACACAGGUCUACUGCAACAUGACAGAAGACAAGGUGUGGACAGUGGUGACCCACAACAGCACAGAUCCAGUCAGGGUCCAGGGUUCUACUCUCCAAAAGCCCUACGUUAUGAAGUUCAACUACAGCGCCUCACCUGAACAACUGAUGGCCCUUGUGGCGGGGUCAGUGCAGUGUCGACAGGAAGUGAUGUACGGCUGCAGGAAGUCCCGCCUCUUCAACACUAGAGAUGGUACCCCAUUGUCCUGGUGGGUGGACCAGGGUGGAGAGAGACGGACUUACUGGGGAGGCUUCCUGCCGGGGGUUCAGCAGUGCUCCUGCAGCCUGGAGGAAAACUGCAUGGACAUGAACUACUUCUGCAACUGUGAUGCCGACACAGACUCAUGGGCUAAUGACACAGGAGUCCUCUCCUACAAAGAGCACUUACCAGUGAGUGAGAUAGUGAUUGGAGACACCAACAGAACAGGCUCUGAGGCACUCUACAGAAUCGGCCCACUGCGUUGUUAUGGUGACAAGUCUGUGUGGAAUGCGGCGUCCUUCUACCAGGAGUCAUCCUACCUGCACUUCCCGACCCUCCAGGCAGAGCUCAGUGCUGACAUCUCCUUCUACUUCAAGACCAGCGUCCCAUCAGGAGUCUUUCUGGAGAACCUGGGCCUCAAGCACUUCAUCAGGCUAGAGCUCAGCUCUCCCUCUGUGGUGACGUUCUCCUUUGAUGUGGGAAACGGGCCAGUGGUCUUGGCCGUUAAGUCCCACGUGCCACUGAAUGACAGGCAGUGGCACUAUCUGAGAGCGGAGCGCAGCGUGAAGGAGGCUUCUCUACACGUGGACCAGCUGCCCCUGCGCUUCCUGGAAGCCCCGUCUGACAGACACCUCCGCCUCCGGCUCAACAGCCAGCUGUUUGUGGGGGGAACAGCGGCCAGGCAGAGUGGUUUCCUGGGAUGCAUCAGAACUCUGACUAUAAACAGUGUGACCUUUAACCUGGAGGAGCGGGCUAAGAUGACCCCGGGCGUAAGUGCAGGCUGCCCCGGCCACUGCAGCGGCUCCAGCAGUCUCUGCCACAACAGAGGGAGGUGCAUUGAGAAGAACAGUGGCUACGUCUGUGACUGCUCCCAGUCUGCUUACGGAGGACCCUCCUGCAAGGAAGAGGUGUCUGUUUCAUUUGACAGAGAAUCGUCAGUAACCUACACCUUCCAGGAGCCUUUCUCUGUGAUGCAGAACAGGAGCUCCAAGACCUCCAGUGACUACAGAGAGAGCAGCAGGGCCAGAGAGAACAUAGCUUUCAGCUUCAUGACCACACAAAGCCCUGCCAUGUUGCUCACUGUCAACACCUUCAGCCAGCAGUACAUAGCAGUCAUCCUGGCACGCAACGGGAGUCUCCAGAUCUGGUACAGUAUCCAUGUGGACAGGAAGCCAGAUGUGUUCAGCCCCAGCCCCAGCAGCCUGGCAGAUAGACGCCUCCACCGUAUCAGAAUCCACCGUCAGGGGAAAGAUGUCUACCUACAGAUUGACAAGGACAUGAACCUAAAGUACAGCCUGUCAUCAGACGCAGAGUUAAUCUCCAUCAAAUCGCUGACUUUGGGGAAAGUCACAGGAGUGGAUGCUGUGGAUGAGGAAGUGAUGCGGGCAGGAUCUAAGGGCUUCAUUGGCUGUCUGUCAUCAGUCCAGUUUAAUCACAUGGCUCCACUGAAGGCAGUGCUACUAAAUCGUGGCAGCUCAUUGGUCACUGUCCGGGGUCACUUGGUGGAGUCUAACUGUGUGACGUUGGCUGACUUGACAAUAUUGCACUCUCAAUCAGAUCAUUCAGAGACCGUCAGCAGAGGCAAGGGGCCAUUAAGGAAGGCUUCAAAAAACAACUCAGUGGUAAUUGGAGGAGUAGUGUCCGCGGUGGUCUUCAUCACUCUGUGUGUGGUGGCGGUGAUGACCCGUUUCCUGUACCAACACCGGGAAGCCCAGAGAGAUGCCAGGAUGAAGGAGAAGGAGCACCGACACAACCUUGAAACAGCCUACCGGAGAGAAGCAGCCUACCAGGCAGAAUCAGCCUACCGAACAGAGCUCCACCUCCACCACAGCUCCACCCUCAGGGACAACAGGGAGUACUACAUCUGAACACCAGUGUUCCAGUACCCUUGGUCAUCAGGGAAGGCCUCUUCUCUGUUAGUGGAUUUGGAAGUGGAGAUGUUGCUGAGGAAUCAUGGACAACAUUCCGGACAAACAAAAGAACCCAGAGCCCAAGCCCAAUACCCUUUCACAGGGAUUCUGCCAGGGCCAAUGUCUGAUUGUUACAAAACAUGUAGGUAGUGGACAGCGAGUUUAGCCAAUUUUUAGGGCUGUAAGUGUAUUAUGUGGUUGGUGGAACUUUUAAACGAUAUGGAGUGAAUAUGCAGGUGUGAUUGUGAACCAUUUCUCAACCAGCAGAAGUAAGAACUGAGAUAAAGAAGGAAGGGAAACAUAAGUGAAUGUCACCUGCCACACCUACUGAAUGUGUACACAUCUCCGAAGACAUCAUUAUUCUUGUAACCCCCAAUAUUCUUCAAGAUUUCCCACAGAGUUCUGUGGAGCGUCCUAAAUUACAUGUGAAAGAUACGAACGUACUGUAGGUCUGUAAGUGACGGCAACUGUGAACUUUCCAGUGUGGCAAGGGGCCUAUACUGCCUUCUGUAAGAGUGCCUCUUCAUAUUGUUUUAGCCAAUUUUUUUUAACAACCCUUUACAACUUGGUUUCAACUCAUUAGUGUUAACUUGUGUUUUGAAUGUUGUAUAAGGGAAUCAAUCACACAUCUGAACAUGACCCACCUGUACUGUAAAAACAUCCUCUGUUCGAACCUAUAACAAAUGAAAGGUGUAUUUUGUUGUAAUUAUACAAUGCUGUAAUUUAUGUUUAAAUGAUGCAUUAUGCUCAAAGGGGAGUAUUUUGCUAUCAGAUGGAUUGAUAACUACAGUAUAUGUUCCACUUCAAAAGUUGUGCUGGCCCAGAUCAUUUAGAGACAUCCCUGUGACUGGAAUUUACCUACAAGUUUGCCAUUCAAAUCAAUGCAUGGUUGUGCGAAGAUUCAAGUCACGAAGUUGUCUCAAGACAAGAAAUGAUCAGAUGUCUCUAUAGAAAAACUUUACUAACCACUAACAAUGAGAUUUUACUCAUUGUUUUAUUACAACAUUUGUCAUUUAUUUACCUUUUCUUCUUUAUGAUUUGUAUAGUUGCAGUUGUACAGGUAUAUUGUAUAGAUGUAUAUUUAUUCAUAAACGGAAGACAUUCUUAAUGA